AUGAUUGAUCGGACCACUGUGUUCUACUCUUUCCAGGCUUCCUUCCUGUAUUCCAGUGGUGGGGAAAUGAAGAAGGCGUCACUGGGACUGCCUUUGAUCCCCCCAAUACGCAAGGCAGGAAGUCUCCCUGUUGGCAGUGCUGCGGGCUCACCGUGCAGCUCUCCCCGGCUGGAUUUCCAGGAGUCCCGGGAGAUGAGGCCAAGAUCCAGCAGCACUAGCCAAGAGAAGACCUCUGAACAUGCAGCUUCUUCUGAAUCUACAACAGAAACGCAGAGAAAGAAGGAAAAGAGCUCUCAGUGUAAGUCAGGACCUGGGAUGCCUCUGUUCCCAAGGGAACUCACGGACCCCUUCGGCUUGGAGAUUCAAGUGCCGGACCCUGGCCUUGGGAAUGGAGGUCUCAGCUCCCAGCCGGCUCAGGGGGCCUUGGCCCAGGAGCCCCAGGAGCAUGGCUCAGCCUCACAAAAAGGCCUCCCACUGAGCCAGGCCAAGGAGACAGACCAUCCCAGCAGUGCUGGUCUUACGAGGGACAAAGAGCUGAGGGCCAGCUCUGCAAAGGUGCGUGGUACAUUGUGCAAGUUGGCUCCAAAGAGCUCAGCGUGGAAGGAAAUGGAGCUUUUGGUAAAAGAGCUGAAGAGGAGACAAAAGGAAACAUCCUUGAAGCUUCCCCCAGAGACAGUUGAGCCUGGGGAUGCAGCUGAAGCAACCUUUAGCCUCCCACCUGUCACUGGCACAGCUCCUAGUGUGCAGAGAAAACACCCUGGUAGUGCCAUGAAGAAAACGGUCGUGAGAAAGCAGGACAACGUGCCACUGCUGCCCAGUACGCCCACCCUCCCUGGGGAUGACAGCUUCCCACGCAACUCUUCAGGGCUGGGAGAAAUCCGGGUGCUGAGACAAGAGAGGCACCUGAGAGGUUCCCUCCUGGGGUAG